GGGCAGUGUUGCGAUAACAAAUCAUUGUCAGACUAUGAUACAUACAAUAGCAGAGAACAUUCUAGUAGAAUCACGUAUAGGAAAGCGCUUGCAUGCUGCGUAGGAUAAGAGUCGAUUUCCCAUUAUCAACGUAGAGCCGUAGAAGAAACCCCGAGUCCGAGCGGUUCGAGUGGAGUGGGUUUAUUGGGAGCGGGCUACCAUCGCACUAUUUUCCGUCCCGCGUCUAGGCGCAACGGAAGCCUAUCCAUUCAAACGCCAUAUACCCAUGACCGCACCUGCCCCUAAUAUUAACGCAUAUUUAGAGCAGGUGCUUCGGCGAAAUAAUCCACAUGCCCAUACCAAGCGCAUACACAGAGCGUAUAUCAUUAAUAUUGUCGUUAGCCGUGCAUUGUGUGCCUGGAAGACGAAUGAAAGAAUAGGUAGUAAGGACAAUAAUAUCAGAUCAACUUCGAAGACAUCACGCACCAAACGAAAAGUUGACCGGCGGGGGGCAGUUAUAACUGUCUUUUAGGGCCCAAAGAGUGCAGAGACCACUGGAAAGUUUCAGUCGGGGGUGGGCCAAGUAAUUCUAGACGCUUUCUCU